CGGCACUUCAGUGGAUGUGAGGGAGGUGAGGAGGAGGGAGGAGGGGAUGUAGUGGAGGGUGUACCAGGCAGGGUUGCGGAUUAUGGUGGACGAUGGGAGAGCGGCUUGACCGUGUGACUCGACGAUGUCAGGACAGACAGCAGGACUGAGGACCCCCAGGUGUCCGGACCUCAGCUCUUUGACCGAUGGAGGCAUCUAAAAGACAAGUUCUGAACUAGCGAUAGGGCUGAAUGAUAAUCAUGGCAGCAGGACGCGCAAGGUGGUAGCAGGUUUCUAAAUUUAAACUUAAGAAGAAGAGGAAAAUAAGCGGGGAAAGAAAGAAGACGAACGUGUCAGGAGCGAUAGGAGCUCGGCUGCUUUUUUUUUUCGCUCUUUUCCAUUGAGCGAAAUAACGCCGGAACGGAGGUACAGCUCGGGUUCUGAAAGGACGUGGGAUCCCGUGGCUCUGACCGGGCAGCGAUGGUGCAGUGACUGUUAGAGGAGACCGGAGGAACGGGACCAGAACGGACUGGAGCGGGGCGGACCGGCUCGGUGUCGCCGGGGGGCGCGCACCGCACGCACGGGAAAAUCGCAACCCCAAGCAAGAGUGACACUUUUUUUUCGUACGAAAAAGACGAUCUGAAAUGGAGGUGCCGCAUCUCGCCUGGAUGAUGCUCCUGUGGACGCUGUCGUCGGGCCUUUCCGGGGACGCGCGCUCCACCGCUCGCGGCGGCGAGCCGACCCCGCUGGCCAUCCGCGUUCCUCUGCGACACGGGCUCCAGGCGUCGGAGGCGCAGCGCGCGGGCGCGCAGCACGCCCGGGGCGCGCGACGACGGCAGCGCAGGGGGGCCGGCAGCAUCAACUUCGUGGACAUGAUCGACAACCUCCGCGGGAAGUCCGGGCAGGGCUACUACGUGGAGAUGGCGGUGGGAACCCCGCCGCAGAAGCUGAAUAUCCUGGUGGACACAGGAAGCAGUAACUUUGCAGUAGGUGCAGCAGCUCACCCCUUCCUUCGGAGAUAUUACCACCGCUCACUAUCAAGCUCCUACCAUGACCUGGGCCGUAGCGUGUAUGUGCCCUACACUCAGGGCCGCUGGGAGGGCGAGCUGGGCACCGAUCUCGUUUCUGUGCCCCACGGUCCCAACGCAUCACUAUGGGCCAACAUUGCCGCCAUCACCCAAUCUGACCGUUUCUUCAUCAAUGGCUCCAACUGGGAGGGCAUCCUUGGGCUUGCCUACGCCGAGAUCGCCAGGCCAGAUGAGUCCCUGGAGCCUUUCUUUGACUCCCUGGUGCGCCAGACCCCGGUUCCUAACCUCUUCUCCUUGCAGCUGUGUGGCACUGGCUACAGCCAGAACUACAGCCUCGGCAGCGCCACCGUCGGGGGCAGCAUGAUCAUUGGGGGGAUUGACCCCUCUUUGUAUGUGGGGGAACUUUGGUAUACACCUAUUCGCCGGGAAUGGUAUUAUGAGGUCAUCAUUGUGCGCAUCGAGGUCAACGGGCAGGACCUGAACAUGGACUGCAAAGAGUAUAACUAUGACAAGAGCAUUGUGGACAGUGGCACUACCAACCUCCGGCUCCCCAGAAAGGUGUUCCAGGCUGCUGUCAAGGCCAUCCAGGCUGCCUCCUCUACAGAGCCAUUCCCAUCGGGCUUCUGGCUGGGUGAGCAGCUGGUGUGCUGGCAGGCCGGCACCACGCCCUGGCACAUCUUCCCUGUCAUAUCCCUAUACCUGAUGAGCGAGAAUCGCAACCAGUCCUUCCGCAUCUCCAUCCUGCCUCAGCAAUACCUGCGACCAGUGGAGGAUGUGGCAUCCGCGGAGGAGGACUGCUACAAGUUCGCCGUGUCCCAGUCCAGCACCGGCACCGUCAUGGGAGCCGUCAUCAUGGAGGGAUUCUACGUGGUCUUCGACCGGCAGAGGAGGCGAAUCGGGUUCGCUGUCAGCACCUGCCACGUGCAUGAUGAGUUCCGGACAGCGUCGGUGGAGGGGCCCUACCACGGUGUGGACCUGGAGGACUGCGGCUACAACAUCCCACAGACAGAUGAGUCCACCCUCAUGACCAUCGCCUACAUCAUGGCGGGCAUCUGUGCCCUCUUCAUGCUGCCCCUAUGCCUCAUGGUCUGUCAGUGGCGCUUCACCCGCUGCCUCUGGCCUGGAAGCAGUGACGACAUCUCCCUCCUCAAAUGAGAAGGUGGUGGAGAUGGGGCAGAGUGUGAGCACGGCAGAAAACAAAGAAGACCUGCUGCACCAAGAACCGGAUGUUAUUUUGUACUCUUCUGCCGAGCGUCAUGUUUUGCGCUUAAAAGAUGGCAACUUGUGUGUAGGAUAAAUUUUUAUCAUAUCCAUAUCUAUUUUAUCAACGGACUCCAGAAAUGGGGAAUUAGUCUCACCCCCAUCUUGUGCAAUAUGGAGGAGGACUGCUUUAUGACGGCGGUUGGUUGGGGAGUGGGGCAGUGUAUGUACAGCGUGUGACUGCUUACCACUGUUUGAGUGUGUUUGUUUUUGCCUGUGCGUGAAGACUGUCCUGUGUAUAGUGCAAAGCGAUGGAUAAGGGGAAAUAUAUGAAACGCUAAUAUGACUGUUGCACGAAAGAUGCCGGUGCUGUGCAAAGGAUCCUGACUUUGAAAUGCAGCUGAAAUGCUAAUUUAUAAACCAUUUCUUAAGCGCAUAUGGAAACGCACAUAUGCAGAGGAUGUGUAUAACCCAUGAGAAUAUAAAAUGCAGUAUAUGAAAUGCUUAUGUCGGUGUGUGUCUGGACAUUUUGAAGGGCUGCAAAUGGAAACUUGUACAGUAAUGUACAGUGUUUGACUGAAACCUCACAUAUGCUAACAUGCAAGCACACACACACACACACACACACACACACUCGGAGACACUGACAAACACACGCACCCCAAAUCCUCAGCAGCCUGUUCAGUACUAGAUAUUAAUAGUGUUGUGACUGUAGUAAAUAACCUGUAUAAAUGUACACUAAAAGAGACUAAAGUAAAUCCACAAAAUUCUGCAGGUUCGUCUUGCCCGUUUCAGUUGCUGUAAAUAAUUUGCCCUGGAUCUCAAUGGGGUGAAGCUCACUGUACUGACAUCCAAUAAAGUACUUAGUAUGA